GCCAGGCUGCCCGCCGCUGCUCCGUGUCCGCACCUCCGAGCCGGCGCGCCUCCGUCUGUCGGACUCCCGCGCGGAGUCUUACUGAUCCGCGGACGAUGCGGCUCCUCGCGCUCUCCUCUCUGCUCCUGCUGCUCCUCGGCUCAGGGCUGGCUCUGCAGAUCCAGUGUUACCAGUGUGAGAUGACGCACGACUGCUCCACGCCAGAGUUCAUCGUCAACUGCACCGUGAACGUGCAGGACAUGUGCCAGAAGGAGGUCCUGGUGAAGGAGGACGGUGUGCACUACCGAAAGUCCUGUGCCUCAUCUGGAGCUUGUCUUAUCGCCUCUUCUGGUUACCAGCAGUUCUGCACCGGGAAGCUCAACUCAGUCUGCAUCAGCUGCUGUAACACACCGCUGUGUAACGGACCACGCCAGAAGAAGCGACCCCAGCCAUCUGCUGCCAUCACUCUUAACACGCCACGGCUUCCUGUGCUUUCUUUCAACAUCAUCAUCCUACUUUCCUCUAUCCUGUGCUGACAGAACUUUGCUAAGAUGUGCGUUGAAACAAACUGAAACUGUACAAGCUCUGCCAUACAUGCUUUGAAAUGUAUACAAGAGAAGGCUUUUUACAGCAUUUGUUCUUGAGUCCUGGCUUUCUGUUGCAACAAAAACAACACAAUAGUGGACAAAGUUAUGGCCAUGUGUCAUGUCGUGAAUAUGGGUAAGAUGAGGUGGAGGACAGUGCCGUGGAUAAAACGGCUUCCAGCAGAGGGUUCAUGAACGUUUGUCUAUAUUCAUGUACGCUGCAAGGUGGAAAAAGGCAAACAGCAAAGAUAGCAUGUGUAAUUUCCAGAAUAAAUCUCUUAUUUCUGCUCUAUGAAUAGGAAAAAAACAAAUUUUGCAGUGUAUUCACCAACUGAAACAAAACAUGUAUGACAUCUCCCAAAUGAACAUGACUUAUUUAACCUCUUGGCAUCUACCAUGUUGUUAACAAACCACUUAGAGAUGCGAUUAGAAUUGUGUUGGAGAAGAGGCUGUUACCUUUAAAAUCAGUUCUUUAUAUGAGGUUUUUGCCUUUAUGUUCUAUUAAUUUGGUAUAAUUUGAACUAAACAGGUUCGGAUUCCACAUGAAGUUCACUAGUGACCUUUUGGCAUUGAGAGGCUAUUGGUAAAUUAAAUGAUAAACAAACAUAAAAUAAUAGAAAAACAUUUCUUUUAAUUUUAACAACCAUUUCAGCCUCUUAGCAGGUGUUUUACAAAGAGAAAGAUGUUGACUUACACUGCCUGGCCAAAAAGAAAUUUGAUAAACACCUUUGAAGAAGGCACAAAUUUGUCGUGGCAUCAUUUCAAUUAACAUUGAUUUCCUUCAAAAUUUCAUUAAUUAUUUUGCCAAGAUCUUGUACUGUUGAUGGCAGAAUCACUGAAGUCCUCUCCAGCAUAUCCCAAAGAUUCUCAGUGGUUUAAGAUCUGGAUUCUGUAGUGGUCAAUCCAUCUGCGAAAAUGAUGUCUCAUACUCCCUGAACCACUCGUUCGUUUCCUUAAGCCUACACAGCUCUUUGGUCCUCAGUACUCUAAGUACUGUGGGAGUGGAAUGCUCUGAUUUCACAGAACAUUUAACUGAUUGCUGAUCAUGAUCUUUUCCAGCCACAUUUCUUCAUUGGAGAUGACGGUUCACCACUGUCCUCCAAGGUUUUGUUUUGUUUGUUGUUGGUUUUUUUAAACACAUUGGACAAUACUUAGCUUAUAUGACUCUUAUACGUAGCAUUUGACCCUAAGUAUAUACUUAGUAUUUGACCCUUUUGAAACUGAGUAACAUUAUUUCCACAACCACGGGAUCUGUCCCCAGAUGAGGUUGGUUAAGAAAACAAAAGCUACUGGCUGCACCAGUUAGGGUUCGGGAACCUGUUGCUGUACUAAUUUUCCUAUUUGCUUAGUCAAAUCUGGGUGGUAGCUUUUUGUUGGCCAGGUAGUGUAUGUUCUCAAAUAGUCAUUACAGUAUCUUCAGGUAGCUAAAAUAAGACCAUUAUGCAGUAAGUAUGUAGUAAUAAGGGGUGCUGACCUUGUGACUGACCAGGACAAUACGAAUAAGACUUCAAAGAGCUGGAGAGGUCAUAUAAAUCUUCUCAACACAGCAAGCCUUGGCUUGUUUAUAAAGUUUCAGGUUGGCUGUAACUGAGAUUUGUUGCCAUGUUGAGUUUAUUUUAAAGAUUGAGAUGAGCAGUCACUAUGUGGGACACAUCUAUGUGCAAACUAAUGAUACAAUAAUAAAAUCUGCAAAUAUUUACUUUGAAUUUAAGCAGAAAAAAGUAAUUACUUGAUUUAAAUUUACUUUAUAAAUUUAAAUACUCCACAGCUAUGAUGGAGCUCAGGAUUCCACCUGAGGAUGGCUGCUCUUUAACAAAUGGUUUAAACUUUAAAACUGUGACUCUGUUUUUGACCACUGUGUGAAGUGUACAGAGUGUGAUUAAUGCUGUUUUUGUGUUGGUAAUAAUGAAUUCGUUUUCAAUAAUGAAUGAGGUUAUUUAAAUGCACGCACCCCUCUCUUUUUGGGGAUGCUCGUAUGGAUCCUGCUGCUUUAGGUCAGUGGUUUUCAGACCUGUUCUGGCAUGCCCCAUACCCCACAAAUUUUACAACCCUCAACAUUUUUAUCUGAAUAAGUUUAAUUAUGUAAAUAAAGGUAAAUAUAGCAUUAGCAUACUCUUAAUUCCAAUUAGUUUUAUUUUGUAUUUUCCCACAGUUUGAGAACCACUGCUUUAGGCAAAGGUGCAAAUAUGUGAUACGUUUUAAAGACUUCUCAAAUAGCUGCAAGCAACAAACACAACUUCAGCUCCUCGGGAUUCUCAGCAGUAAUGUCCUGACCGAAUACUCCCGAUGUUGUCCGGAGUUCAUGUAUGAAAACCUCUUAGCUAGAUUAGGCCUCUAAAUGAAACAAAGUAAAAAAAUUAGACACAAAGAUGGUUGCAGCCACUGUGAUGUGACCAACUGAACUGUGUAUGACCCAGUGUAUUCUUCUUUUUGGCUUUAAUUUGACUGUAACUCACAAAUUAACAUCAUUUUAUAUUCAGUAUGACUUAAAAGUAGCCACUGAGGCCAUACUGUCAUCAGGAAAUCGUUUUUUACUGAGGUCAUAGAUCAGAGGUCAGAAACCUGUGGCUGUUUUGCCCAUGUCCAUCUGCAUAUGGAAAUAAAUAUAAUAAACACAUCAUAGAAUUUGCAAGUUUGUGGACAAAUUUGAUUGCUUUCGCUACCAACAGGAUUUUUAAUUAAAACUAAUUUGAUUUUCCUUCACUUUACAAAUGUUCUCUUUAGUGGUUAAUAAAAAUAAGUAACUAACUUAAUUUUUAUUAUCCUAGUUCUAUAAUAUUAUAAAUUCAACAUGAAUGUGGCAUUAUUGUUAUGAAAAUGCAAAGUUAAAAGACCAAAUAGUCAUACAAAGUCACUGCAGACUAGUUUUAAUUAUUUAUACCUAUUCAUAAUGUUGAUAUGCUCGUUUAUGGCUCAGCUCCCUUUUGAUAAUAAAUGUUGCUGACCCCUGUCAUAGAUCAGGGGAACAGAGGGCCAUUUUUUCAUACACUUCAAUACAGCGUGACUUCUUUUUCCAGUCAGCCAUUAAAAAUAAUGCCGCUUUGAGGCACGUCCUGCCCUUUUCGGACCUAUUUAGUCUAUCCUGAAACUUCAAAUUCCUCAUUGAAAUUUGCGUUUUUGUGCUAUUGCCUCCCCUCUGUGUCUGCUUCGCUGCCUAACGACAUCAGAAACAGUUGUGUUUGUUUCAGGAAGGGACCGCUUCAGCCAAUUUGUUCAUGUAGUUCUCACUGUUUCAGCCACGCCUCUGUGUUUUGUGCUCUGUAAUGUUUACAGGAAAAUGUUGGCACUAAAAUGUGGAAAAAUUGUGAGUGACAGUUCAGAGGGUGCAGUGUGUUUAUCACUAUAAAUAAAAAGCUGUUUUUGUUGGUAAUUAUCUUACUGUCACAGUGAUUUGGAAAAAAGGAGGACAGCACCAGCUCAGCUUUCUAGGCUGCUCCAAAAAAUAUCCCAAAUCUAAUCCAGUUGACUGUGAGAUGCAGUUAAAAACCUGUUAAACGAUAAAAAAUGUAAUUAAAUACAUGCUGCACUGACUCUACUCACUGGCUUUACUGAAAUGUUGUCAACUGUGUA